AUGGUUUUACGUAAACACAUUGAUGCUUUGACAUUAGAAUCUGAAAUUUUAAGAUCUACUCCAAAGCCACACUUGAAGAAAGAACAAUUCAUUGAUGCUUAUGAAUCUCAAAAGAAUAUUCCAAAAUAUGAGAUUCCACUGGAAUCAGCUAGUUCAGAAUUAAUCUACAAGUAUCUUUCUCAAGAAUUGUCUCUUGAUGGUAAUCCUACUUUGAAUUUGGCAUCAUUUGUCAACACUUAUGCUGAUGAUUCAUCAAUGAGAUUGAUCAAAGAUAAUUUGACCAAGAAUUUGGCUGAUAAUGAUGAAUAUCCAAGUUUAAUUGAUGUUGAAACAAGAUGUAUCACCAUCUUGAGUAACUUGUGGCACGCCCCACAUAAAGUUGACCUAGCUACUGGUAACAAGAUCACCAACUCAAUUGGGACCGCCACUACUGGUUCUUCUGAAGCUAUCAUGUUGGCAGGUUUGGCAUUGAAGAAGAGAUGGCAAUUGAAAAGAAAAGCCGAAGGUAAAUCAACUGAGAAUCCAAACAUUUUAAUGGCUACAUGUGCUCAAGUUGCAUUGGAAAAAUUUGCAACUUAUUUUGACGUUGAAAAUAGAUUGAUUCCAAUCACUUCUGAAUCUGGACAUUUGAUUGAUGUUAGUAAGAUUAAAGAAAACAUUGAUGAGAAUACCAUUGGUAUUUUCGUUAUUGUUGGAUCUACAUUUACUGGAGCAUUCGAACCAGUUGAAGAAAUUUCUAGAGUAUUGGACGAAGUUGAGAAAGAACGUGGCUUGGAUAUUAGAAUUCAUGUUGAUGGUGCAUCUGGUGGAUUUGUAGCACCUUUUAUUUUCCCACAUUUGAAAUGGGAUUUUGCUAAUCCAAGAGUUGAUUCUAUCAACACUUCUGGUCAUAAAUUCGGCAUGACUACAGUUGGUUUAGGUUGGGUCAUUUGGAAAGAUUCUGAUUUAUUACCUAAAGAAUUACGUUUCAGUUUAGAUUAUUUGGGUGGUGUUGAAGAAACCUUUGGUUUGAAUUUCUCAAGACCUGGAUUCCCAGUUAUUACUCAAUAUUAUAAUUUCUUAACUUUGGGUAGACAAGGUUAUGCUAAAAUUUUGGAUGGAUGUAUGACAAAUGCUAGAAUAUUUUCAGAAUAUCUCGAAGCUACUAGUUAUUUUGAAGUUCUUUCAGUUAUUCAUCACAAGUUAUCUGAUGAAGAAAAGAAAGUUCAAUACACCAGAAAAGUUGAUGAUAAGAAAUUAGAUUCUAAACUUUACACUAUCAAUGAAAAUUUCAAGCCAGGUUUACCAGUUGUUGCCUUUAGAUACUCCAAGAUGAUUAGGGAAAAAUAUCCUGAAUUGCCACAAGAAUUGUUCUCAUCAUUAAUGAGAAAGAAAGGUUAUAUCAUUCCAAAUUAUCAUUUACCACCAAAUGAAAACGAUACUGAAUUAUUAAGAGUUGUGGUUAGAAAUACUUUAUCCUUGAACUUGUUGGAAAGUUUAAUUAAAGAUUCAACUGAGGUUGUUGAAUUGUUGAUCAGAGCCGCUGAAUCAAUUAAAGAAAUUACAUCCAAGCAAAACCUUGAAACUGAUGAACAAAAAAGACAAGAGAUUCAUCGUAUUUUAGCAAUUAUUUCAUCUGCUGGCGAUGUUGAGGUAAGAGAGAAACAAAAGGAAGAAAAACAUUCUGAUUGUGGUAAAGAUAAAAAAUCAUAUAGAGGUACUUGUUAG